AUGGCUUCCCAACCUCACCCCCUCCGAGCUAUCGGCCAAGCAGUAGGUUCAGCUGGUAUUGAUCCCAGGGUCGUCCAGCGCUCGUCACUAUUUCAAGGCGCAAACGAGGGGCCAGCCAGAACUGCAGCAAAGUUGACAGGCGUCCAAGAGGGAGGCAAACGAGCAGAUGACGGUCCCUAUUUUACCAACAACGAGGGUAUUCCCUUCCCGGAUCCUGCACACAGCAAGACGGCAGGCGGGCUGCCUCUAGUCUCGGACACGUUUCUCCUGCAGAAGCAGCAGCAUUUUAAUCGGUCAAAGAACUUGGAGAGAAUGGUUCAUCCAUGCGGAAGCGGAGCCUUCGGGUAUUUCGAGAGCACGAAGGAUAUGUCCUCUUUGACGAAGGCCGAUUUCCUGAGUUCUUCCGGUCUGAGAACCCCGGUGUUCAUGAGGUUCUCGACUGUGACUCUCGGCCGGGAGUUUCCCGAUUUGGCCAGGAAUCCUCGGGGCUUCGCUAUCAAGUUCUACACUGGAGAGGGUAACUACGACAUAGUAGGACUGAAUUUUCCUGUCUUCUUCUGUCGUGACCCCAUUCAAGGGCCCGAUGUUAUUCGAUCACAGUAUCGUAACCCUCAAAACUUUCUGCUCGAUACGAACUCUCUCUUUGAUCUUCUUGCCAAUACUCCGGAAGGAAAUCAUGCUGGAAUGAUGUUCUUUAGCGACCACGGGACUCCUGUUGGUUGGAGGAACAUGCAUGGAUACGGAUGUCACACGUUCAAGUGGGUAAACAAGGAUGGUGAAUUUGUUUAUAUCAAGUACCAUUUCAUCGCCCAGCAUGGCCAGAAACAAUUCAACGCAGACAGUGCAACCAUUCUCAGCGGCGAAGACCCCGACUAUUCCAAACGCGACUUGUGGAAGGCCAUUGAGGCUGGCGAGGAGAUCAAGUGGACCGCACAUGUUCAAAUAAUGCGUCCGGACCAAGCAGAUCCCACCAAGCUCGGCUUCGAUCCAUUUGACGUUACCAAGGUCUGGCCAAAGCAUGAAUUUCCGCUGCACGAAUUCGGAAGACUCGUUCUGAAUAGAAACCCUGAAAACUUUCACAGGGAUGUUGAGCAAGCCGCCUUCUCCCCGGGAAGCAUGGUUCCAGGUAUUGAAGACAGCCCUGAUCCACUGCUGCAGUUCCGUAUGUUUUUCUACCGGGAUGCACAAUACCACCGCAUUGGCGUGAACCUACAUCAAGUCCCAGUCAAUUGUCCCUUCAUGGUCUCGUCCUACUCUUCCCUGAACUUCGACGGCCCGCUGCGAGUUGACGCCAACCACGCCAAAAACCCGCAGUACGCGCCGAACAGCUUCGUCAACAAGUUCCGGCCUGAUUCGGCAGAGGCUCCAUACCAACUUGCUGACAGUCACGUUGGUCGCAAAUCGCACUUUUACCACGAGGGCAAAGCGUCAGAAUACACGCAGCCGCGUUUAUUGUACCGACGGGUUAUGACGCAGCAGGCCCGAGAUAAUUUGCACUCAAACACUGCACGACUACUGAAGUUGGUCGAGUAUCCGCACAUUCAGGUCAAAUAUCUGGCGCAGUUAUACCGCAUAGAUGAGACAUACGCAGAAGCCGUCUACAACCUCCUCCCAGAGAAAAAGUUUGACAUUCUAGAGGUUCAAGAAGCUUCCAAGGAUGCUGAGACUGCUGGUAAAGAAAAGAAAUUCCGCCCAAGUACGAAUACCGAUAUCUUACAGGGAUCAUCCCCUUCGGUCCCUAUUUACAACGUAUGA